UUCAGAUUCACCAACGAAUCCGGCACGAAGUAUUGGAAACCACCUGGAGUUUCUGGAAUUGGUUACGGUUAUAACGUGAAACCAAUUAUCUACAGAGAAACUACCAGCUUGAAUCCAAAUGUUAUCGAUGAAGCAAUGAAAAUGCCCGAUAUCGCUUCCGCAGCAGCGAUGCAUGUCCUCAGAGAACGAGGUGUCGGCGGUGGAGCAUCAACUGGACUCAAUUUCCUCGUUUCGCUUCACAAAGCCAUUCAUCGAAGUAAGUGUCUGAAGGCUUGA